AUUUUACCCGUGAGCCUUCGCAGCAAGUUGUGAAAAUAUCGCAGCUAUCAAUUUAUAUUUAUUUCAAAACUUUCCACAAUUUUGACAAUUUAAGACAACAGGAAUACUUCCCCGUGUUUUAACAACGCUUUAAGGCUGGAUAACUUCGCUGGCAAUGUCAGAAACAUAUGGUAUGGAAGCUAAAAUGUCCUCAAUUUGUCAUGUGCAUGUGCUUAUUUUGGUGUCGUAUUUCUUAAAUCCAGACUUUACAGAAUUUGUGCUUUUGAAUUUUUAGAUUUCCUCUUCAAGUUUUUAGUUAUCGGUAGUGCUGGUACUGGAAAAAGUUGCUUGUUGCAUCAAUUUAUUGAGGGGAAAUGUAAGAUGGAAUGUAUAUUUUGUGAAGAAUUCAGUAUAGAUCAGACGGCAUAAUACGAAACACUUUCAUUUCGUUUAUUGGGCAUAAUAGUUACAAGUGUAAUGUUAUUAGAUGGCCACUUAGGAGGCUAUAGUGCUCUAUACUAUUUUCUAUUCUCUUGCCAAGGGAGGGGGAGGGUGCAAACAUUUUUGAAAGGCUUGAAAUUUUUGGCAACAUUACUUAUUUCUUGCAUAAUUGUCCAACCAUUAAUAUCUUAUAUAUUUCUUGCUUUUAAGAGCCAUUCCAUUUAAUGUCCACACCCCUCCCCCCCCAUGGACGAGAAUUUCUGAGGGGGUUCAAAAAGCCAUUUGGCCAUCAGCAUGCUUUGAUCUUAGCGUUUUUUCUAAGGGGUAAUGCAAAAAUUUACCAAUUUCUGAGGGGUGUGUGCGUCGGCACUUUGAUCUAUUUUUUCUUGGGGGUUCACAUUUUACUGAGCUUGUCCAUAGGGAGGGUGUGGAUUUUUUUGGAAUGGCCCUAAAAUUAUUUCCCCCAUCUUUUUGCCUAACUUAAAUAAUUUUUCAGCUGCCCCACCUUGUUUGCUUUUGUUAUAUUUACAUAAAAAUGCCAAAUUGAUAUUUUAAUAUAAACCUGUUUAAUUAAUAGGAACUAGGCAGUUGCGAUAUUGAAAAAAAUCGAUAUAUUGAUAUUGAAAAAAAAAAUAAAUAAAAUAAUAUCGACUAUAUCGAUCGAAUUAUGCAAAUGAGAAAACAUAAUUUAGUCAACUUGCAUGUAUACACAUCACAAACAGUUAAAAAGAAGUGCAUGAAACCAGUCAUGGUACGUCUCAAAGAUUUAUUAACAAUGGUUUAUUCGUUUAUAAAAGUUUAAAGAUAUAUUUACAAGCCUAAUGGUUUCACAGUACGAUUGUUUAUUUAAUGUAUAUAAUUAAUGUUUAUAAAUUUUCUGCGAGAAACACUAACAUGUUUUCCAGACUUGGCUUGAGGUAUACUCGCUUUGCCGUACUGUAACUAUCUGUCCUGCUUUGCUAAAAAGUCUUUCAGUUGAAGCACUGUUCGCCGGAAUCGCCAGAUUUAGUCGGCCAUACUGCGACAGGAGUGGAAAAUCAUUCUCAUGAAAUUUCCACAACUGGAGUGGGUUGCAUAAUUUCCCAUCGAUCGUUGGAAAUUGCAAAUAUCGGGCAAUUUUUGUUUGCCACACGAUCUUAUGGUGACUGGGCUGGCGACGAUGACUGUUUGAUCUUCCUCGUACUUGUGAGAGAGUAAAGGGUCUUCUUAGCUUUCUUACUAGGUGGUGGCUGGUUACUGGGUUCCUCUACGGUCUCUUCAGGCAUCUUGCGAAUUCCAUCUUUAUGAGUCAUCACAAAACUGUUGUUUUCAAGUGUUCAAUGCCACUGCUUGGUGGUCUUCUGUGGUCACAGUUUCUCUGGUUUCGUUUUUAAUUUCAAUUGCCCAUGCACUUGUAUCAUAAAUUCGCAAUUGCCGCCAUACGCACGUUGUCUAAACUUCACCGGUGAAAACAAUAAUUACCGAAUAAUCGGAGAUUAAGAUAGUUACAACUUUCGAUAUUUUCGAUAUGCGAAAAAUUGAAUAUCGAUAUUUUUAAAAUAUCGAUAUUUAUCGAAAAUAUCGAUAUAUCGCAACUGCCUAAUAUAGACACUCCCCAAUGCCAUUGAGCUUACCCGGAGAAUCAAAAGAGAGGAGUAAAAGAUCUAGGCUGGUGCAAUAUUAACCCAUUGAGUGGCAGCACUCUUCCCCUGAGUAAAAUUAUCUGGCGUUAGACAGAGUGAAAUAAUAAAGUGGCGCAUAUCUGGGUGCAUUUGCCACUUAAAAUGUUAAAAAAAUUCAUAUAGAACAAUAAUAUUGACUACAUUAAAUUAUGCAAAUUAGAAAACAUAGUUUAAUCAACUUGCAUGUAUACCGCAUCAUGCACAAACAGCAAAGAACAAAGUUGCAUGAAACUGGUGUGGGUGGUGGUCUUCUAUGAUCACACUUACUCUGUUUACACCUUUUAAAUUGCCCACACACUUGCAACCUUACUUUAAUUUGCAAUUUAUUGCAAUCACACACAUGUUUUCUAAACUUUCCCGGACAAUAAUUGCUGAAGAAAUGGAGAUUUAAUUGAUUGUCAAAUAUCAUUAUUUUGCCUAAAAAUCAGCCUAAUAAGAUAUAUAUCUUUUUAUCAGCCUAAAAAGAUAUAUGGUAAUACAGAUGAAAUUAUAAAAUAUUGCAUUGUAAUAUUGUAGUUAAACAAGAUUCAAGUCAUACAAUUGGUGUGGAGUUUGGCAGUAGGAUAAUCAAUGUUGGAGGAAAGUCCGUGAAAUUACAGAUCUGGGAUACGGCUGGCCAGGAACGCUUCAGGUGAAUUACAUUAUUAUUCAGCUCACUCCCCAUUGGGGCAUUUCGGUGACCGAUUACAUCAAGUAUUACGCUUACUCAUGUUACUUACUUAGCCUAGACUAUUUAUCUUUACAACAAUCGUGAUAUUACUUUCCUAACUAUGUUUAUAUCCUAACCCACCCUGACAACUUUCCCUGUGGGAGGAAACUGGAGCGCCCGGAGAAAACCCACAACUUUUGGCCGAGUGUUGACAGACUCUUUUCACAUGAGUCCGCAGCGAGAAUUGAACCCACAAUCUCAGAGGCGAAAGGCGCUUGCUCUGACAUAGUCCUGCAACUGUGAAUCUAUGGGUCAUGGGGUAUACUUACUAUACCUGGAUUGCCUUUAGAAUAGUCGCCAAGACCGAAAAUUGUGCAGAAAAAUGGUCAAGGCACCCUAUUAAAUGUGCCCUACUUUGUUAUAUUGUUCUUUCUAACACAAUGUUACUUGUCAAGGGAAAAACGCCGGCACUCAGAUCACAGGGCUUGCAAUAACAGCCAAUCUUAUAAAUGAUCAAUGGAAAAACAAGGUUUUUAACCAAAGUCAUGAAUCGCCAUCUACUUCGGGAACCUUGGGAACCUUAUUUCAAGCCCUGGAUUGUCUUACUAAUUGAAAAAAUGGGCAUUAUGUGUUUACAAAACUAUAACUGUAUAUGCCAAUGUCAAUUCUUUCCCAAUUAAGUUGCAAUAUAUCCACUAAUUAUUCCUAGUUUGUAAUUUUACUUUAAUUUUACCAGUCUUACUUGUCAAGGGCAAAGUGUUUUCUGUUUUAAACAAGUUAACUUAUAUGAUUGUAUUUGUCCCCUACAGUAUAUACAUGUACUGUACAUGUCAUGUAUAAUAUAUAAUAUAUAGUCCCCAGCAGCCCUGUUAUAAACACUAAUUUCAACUCCUUAUCUUACACCACAUGUAGGUCAGUGACCAGAAGUUAUUACAGAGGGGCAGCUGGAGCACUUCUCGUUUAUGAUAUUGCCAGGUAACAUGUACUAUUCAAGGCCUGAAAUAUGCUGUAUCCCAAUAUCCACACUAAAAUAACUACUGUGCUAAACUAUUAUAGUAUUAUACCUGUAAUUAUACUGUAAUUUAACCAGAUAUAUACUAUAAUUUUUUAAAUUUGUUCGGAUCCAAAACCAAAGUUUUAGAUAUGAAACUACCAAUGAGUCACGGCUGGCAAGGAAUCAGCCAAUGGACUUUCUAACUAGCCUGCUGGCAGCCUGAAAUUUCGUUCAAAGGAAAACUGGAAAUUUGGUUUUCGGGUGGGGCUGUGAGCAGGCUACUUUCUAACAUAUUGUGAUUCUUUGUAUGUUUUUAUAAUACAGUUAUAUGUUGUGUUUAAAGUAUGGAAAAUAAGACAAAAUAUAAACAGAGAAGAUAGAAACCGCCCAUUACCAUGGCACUAAAUGUAUGGAAAAAGUCCUCUUUCGUAUUUUCCAAUGAACAAUGAGUGCAAUACACUCUUUUGAGACGAGUUGUACCACACACAACAGAAACCAGUCUGCAGUUUUCAUUAAAUUAAGACUGUACUUUUUCAUAUCAUUUUCUCUCAGUCGUGAGACGUACAAUGCUUUGACAAACUGGUUAACAGAUGCAAGAACUUUAGCCAGUCCAAAUAUUGUGAUUAUUUUGGUUGGAAAUAAGAAAGAUUUGGAUGCUGAAAGAGAAGUCACCUUUAUGGAGGCGAGUCGUUUUGCACAAGAAAAUGGUAAUUAUUAUGUCAUGUUAUUAAGCUAGAGAUAAAGCUGUUUACCUAUUUACAUUAACUAUUCCUACACAUUUUUAAAUAAUUUGUACACUAUGAUUAAUCUUAAAAAAAUAUAAAACCAUUCAGCAAAUUUCUCAUAUUUUUCGUAGAACUGAUGUUUUUAGAGACAAGUGCUUUAACUGGUGAAAAUGUUGAGGAAUCUAGAAAUAAAGCUGUUUACGUAAUGUUUAAUAAACGAGUAGGAGUGUUUUAUCACAUAUAAAAUACGACGCGUAGCGGAGUGUUUUAUAUGUGAUAAAACACGAACUACGAGUUUAUUAAACAGCUUCAAAAACGUCUCAGUUAGAUCACGGCAUUGGCGAAAUAAUUUUGCAAAAUAACUUUGUAUUAGCUGAGAAAAUCAAAGUUAAAGUUUAUGUAAAUGAAGGGAAAUCUUUAUCACAUAUAAAGAUACGACACGCUUAUGAUUUUUCUUUGUGUUUUCCUCAUGAAUUAUUAAUGAGUUUUUGAACUAUUUACAUUAACUAUUCCUACACAUUUUUAAAUAAUUUGUACACUAUGGUUAAUCUUGACAAAUAUAAAACCGUUGUCACCAUUCAGCAAAUUUCUCAUAUUUUUCGUAGAACUGAUGUUUUUAGAGUCAAGUGCUUUAACUGGUGAAAAUGUUGAGGAAUCUUUCCUGAAAUGUUCAAGAACAAUAUUAAACAAAAUUGAAACAGGUCUGUUUUCAUUUCUUUUUACUAUAAUUGUGUUCGAUUAAAACCGCCAUUUAUAUUGUCAACACUUUUAUUUGUUUCCUGCUUGUGGAAGAAUCGCAGGUGGGUAAAACCCAGUGGUAAAACCUGGGUACGUAAAUAGGUGUUAACAUCCAGAUGAUCUUGAUACGCGGAAAAGUACUGGCACUAGUUGUCAAAUAGAAAUCCAUUUUAUGAUUAAAACAACUGAAUAUCUCCUGUAAUAUACUUUAUUUCGAUUCCAUAUUUUUGUCAGAGCUAUAGUUCUUAUAACCAAACUUAAUUACAAAAUUUCAACUAGUUUCAUAAAGAAUAACGAAAGAUAUAAUUGACUGAAUACAUCAAAAUGGAUUUCUAUUCGGACAACCCUUUCUGAGCGCUGAUUGGCUAAAAUACGGACACGAGAUCACCUGGAUAUUAGAGCUGUGCGGUUAACCGAAAAAUUCGGUUCUUCCGGUACUUUUUUCAGCACCGAAAAAUUAUACGCAAAAGAACCGGUAGUUUCGGUUUUAAUUUCCCGUUUAACGCCCGCCAAACGCCCACCUGAUUGCAGGUUGAAAUGUUUGGAAAAUAACAAGAUUGUGCUCUUUGUGCACAAUAUGCACUGUACUAAGUGCUCAAAUAGUUGAUAUUUUAGUUGUGAUAGUUAUUGUUGUGAACUUGCUUUAAAUUUUUUUAAAAACUAAGAAAUAUUUCAUCUUCAUAAAUAAAUUCCAACAGUUCUUUUAAAAUAUUCAGAGAUUUAUACAAACUUACAAAGGCAUAAAUUCAUCUAUUUAGUAAAAAUGCUCGAAACAUACAUAAAUGAGUUCAUACAUUUGUACUGUUCUUCUUUUUUGAAAAUAACCGAAACCGAACCGAGGUUUUUUUGUUCCAAAAAACCCGAAACCGGAACCGAGAUAAAAAUUUUGGAACCGCACAGCUCUAUAACAUAUAUUAACUAGAGGGCACUCAGAGACUGCAUACCUCCGCCCCUAUUGAAUUUCGGUCGCGUGAAAUGCAACUAAGACAAUAGAUAAUGAGGGUUGAAGCUUAAUGAGGUUUAUCAUCUCAUUAUUGUCUUAGUACUGCGUGCAUACAUUAUACACGUCCUAAAAGCAAGACAAAAUUUUGUUCAUUUCUCGUUCAAUUUUUAACCAAAUUCAACCAAAUUUUAAUCAGUUCUUCCUUAGCCAAUGGGAAAUGCAUUCAAAAAAUUUCGUAUGAAUAUGUUUGGUAUUUCUUGAGUUAUCGUGCUCACAGACAAACACACACACACACACACACACACAUACACACAUACAAACCCAGAUGAUUACAUAACCUCCUGGCGGAGGUAACCAGGGGCCGGUUGUUCAAAGGUGGGUUAGCGCUAACCCUGGGUUAAAAUUUAACCUGCUGUUUUAGUUUGUGUAUUUCUGCACGUCUGAUUAUUACAAAACUUCAGAGAAGUAAACUCCUAAGUAUCGAUCCAGACAAGAUCUCUGAAGAAAUAUUUCCAAAAUCAUAGACAAGCCGUCAGGAAGUUUGCUUUGCAUUUUAGAUUAACCUAGGGUUAGGCUAACCCAGCUUUGAACAACUGGCCCCAGAUUAUUUGUGGUAGUAUUUACUCAUUCUCUUAUUUUAAAUGUGUUUGCCCAUAUAAUGACAUCAUGGUUAGGGGCCCACCACCUGAAAAAUACAAGACAGUAAAACUUUGACGUUUCGAGCGAAAGCUCGUAACCAAUCGGAUACGUUUGAUCUAAUCGAUUAACCAAUGAAAUGCGUAUUAAUCUGGUAGGAGGUAGUGGAAGUCCUGUGAACCUCUCUAAUAUUAAAAGUGCAUCCUUCCCUUUCCAGGUGACCUUGAUCCCGACAGAAUGGGAUCAGGAAUUCAAUAUGGCGACCCAUCAAGACGUAGAACUCUACAACCACGGAAUGCUGAUGGUGGAAAAUGUCCAUGUUAGCAAAACAAUGAAUCACUACUGUAAAUUUCUCAAAGCCAGGCAUAGAAUGUCCGUAGUAGAGUAUUUAAGACCCAUUUUCAUAGCAUUUAAUAAGAAUCGAAAUUUUUAUCAAUUAAGAUAUCUAAAACGAAAAUUACGUUAUUCAUAUUAGACAGUACUUUUAUUCGAAAGAAGUUUUAAAAAAUGAUAGAAUAGGAUUUUUUUCAGCCUCCUGACAGGCGUACAAAUCUCACAAAGCAGCUUGUCAACAAGAUGUGCUCGUACUGCUUGUUCCCAGUUGUGCACAAGUCAGGAACAAGUUGUUAUCAUCGUGUAACAAAGUUGAUGUAGCCAACAGACUCGCAACAAGUUGUUCAAACAAGUCUGAUAUCAUCAAACAAGUCUGAUAUCACAAUUUGAUGACAACAAGCUCGUAGCAACUUAAUUGUUAUGAACAGCCUGCAUUAGUCUUGUUGGAACAACUUGUAGCGAGUUUGUUACCGACAUCAACCUUGUAACAAGGGGAUACAUAACAACUUGUUCCCGACUUGUCACAAGAACUGGGAACAAGCAGUGCGAACGCAUCCUGAUGUCGGUUUGCAGAUCUGUAGCAAAAAUCACCUUUAAAACCUAGAAAAUAGGUAUUUGCACCAAACUAACUUCAACAUCACUACAGUUCCAAUAAUUGAAACUCUGCCCCAAAGUUGAUACAGUAAUUGUAGCACUUCCCAUAAAUUGUAGAGGACAUUCAAUCAUUUUGAAGUUCAUGUAAUUAAAUAAAAGUACAAUUUAUUUCAGAAUAACGUAAUUUUUGUGCUAUAGUAUAUAGUACAUUACCUGGUACGCAUUUAAUCAAAUACGACAACGAAUUUAAAUAUUAAUUACUUUCCAACACAGUCUCUUCCGUAAUGGCCUUGAAAGGGAGGUAGUUAGUCCGGGGUGGCACAGUUACCCGUCGACGGUCGACCACAAGUUAGGGUAAGGGGAUCAAUGCACCGGUUAGGGGUGAGGGUCUGGUACUCGGAGAUUGCACCUGUGCGAUAACAUACAUGCGGAAGAAGAGGGUUGCUCUUUCGGCCGUUAUUUCACUUGUGGCAUCUCGUUUUAGAGAUAUUGACUUUUGCAUAACUUUGAGAUGCACUACCAAUGUACCGAUCGAUCGUAUACACUAAAUCAAGUUCGUAAAGACGUACAGUGGGUAUACUAAAUUGAUUUGAAUAUAGUUGUUAUUGAAAGCAUCAAAUUUAAAUAAACUGUAACCCAACCUAUUCCACCUGCAUAUAUAUUACAAAACAUUAUAUCGGUUGCUGUCAAAUUUAAAAUAUACUUUCGAGGAAAAGAAUGCUUGAAUUUUGGCCACUUGAUGAUUUGGCCACAAAUUGAUGUGAUGGGGGUAUUGAUUGAAGUUAGAAAUUAAUCACAAUUUAACUACGGUACAAAAAGUAGUUUCAAACAGACUGCCUCGGCCAUAGGCAUCGCCUUUAGAUUGGCAGGCAGAAUUUGAUUGCAGGGAAAAAAUCCCAAGCAACCUUGGUGGUUAGCCUUGGAUCUUUAAGUUUAAUAAGCGAGCCAGGUUUUUUUUAGCAGAAUUUAUAAAGCCAGAGUGUUUUCCAAGCCAGAAAUAGGAAGUUGUUAACCAAGCAAGCCAGGCAUGCAAGAUUGAGAAUUUGUAACAUGAUUUGUAACAUCCAACACUACAGAAUGUAAUUAAUAGGCAUUAAAUGUAUUGCACAGAAACUUUAAAUGUUGUCAUGCACGCUUACCAUAGGGCCUUGACCCCAUUAGCGGCAAGGUGCUCUGCUAUUUUAUUUACGAUUUACUUCUCAAGGGAACAGAAGUGAUUUGAAGUGAACUGCUACUCAUCUCAUAUUAACCUGUUAAUUUAAGCUACAAAGCACUCUAAUCGGCUAAUGAGCCAUGCUUGUUGCACUAUUUGACUAUGUACCACACAUCUGGCUCAAGCUUGCUUGCCAUCAUAUCACACUUACACACAUAUAGAGUCACUAAAAUUACAGUCCCAAGCAAAGCAUUUUAGUUUGAGCUGGAACAACAACUCUAUAACCAUUUUCACCAAACAUAUCCAGUUUUUUCACCACCCAUAUUGCAGUAACUGCUCUGGUAUUCUGUCAUAAACAUUGGUGAUAUGUGGCUAAGGUCAAAGAACUUUUCCCUGAUUAUUUCACGUUCAAGCUGUGUUUUCUUUUUAUUCUCUUCCAACCUCCUGGCAAUGUCAAGUUCACGCCGUUUCAAUGCCCUUAACGAGGCAGGAUAAACC